AUGGCAACCCCGUGGCCCCCCCCGGUGCUGCUCCGCCCCCAUCCCGUUACCGGUAAACCAGACCCACCAGUGAAUGUGUCUCACAGUGUGACCUCCUCAUCCUGGGGCCCGACCGCCAGGAGCCAGCCUCACCCCGAGUACGCUAGCUACUUCCCUGAGACGGUGGAGGCCCGUCGCGGGGCUGAAGUGAGCGUCCGCUGCUUGUUCAACGACCCCGCCGCCAACUCCAGCACCUCCGUCUGGCGCCUGAACUGGCGCCUCCUUCAGGUCCAGCCCGCGGUGGUCAGCACCCGGGGCAGCCAGAUCACCUUCCGGCCGCCUGAGGACCGGCUGUACAGCACGCUGCAAUGCUACCAUAACAGCACCGAGACGUUUAAGAUUCCCUACGCCACGAUCUACGUCCAAGGAGCGCUCAUCAAUAUCCGCUGCGAGACCAACAGGUUCAUGGACCACAUGACCUGCCAGUGGAACAACAGCCAUAUGGAGGAACCUGCCUUUUUCUCCAGGUCAGAAGCUGUGACCUGUGACAUCAUGGAGGAGGAAGGAGAGGAGGAGGCGUGGAGCAUGGACGGGGGAAGUGAGGUCAACGGGACAAGGUGUCAAACCGUGGAGAAGGAGAAGGAGAGGAGGAGCUGUACCCUGCAGCCGCUCAGACUGACCUUCUGCUACAAGCUGUGGCUUCAGAUCCAGUCAGACAACGGCCCCGUGAGGUCACAUCCUGUCUACGUCACGCCCAACGAAAAUGUGAAGCCCAGCCCUCCGUCGCGGGUGAAGGCGGAUGUCUUGCCCAGCAGGGUGCUGAAGCUGUUCUGGUGGCCCCUGUACGACCUCCAGUACCAGGUCCGCUACCGCCCCGUCGCCGGCCGCGUCCUCUUAGAAUGGCAGGAAGUGGGCCCUGUGAGUGAGGCAGGCGUAGAGGUCCCAGUGUUUGACGCGUGCGGGGUGUACCAGGUCGAGGUGCGCUGCAGGCCCACCAAAGGUACCGGCUACUGGAGUGACUGGACCCAGACGGUCUACUCCACAACCCUCUGCCGCAGUGCUCCCCUGAAGGGUCCAGAUUUCUGGAGGAUUCUAGAAGAGGACCCAGCCCUGAACAAGACCUACGUUACCCUGCUCUUCAAGCAUGUCUCUGCGGUGGAGACGUCCAACUGUGAGGACCUUGUGGUUCAGCACCAGGACUCUGGAGGCGCUGUGGUCGAGGAGCCGAUAGCCCUGGUUCCUUCCCAUAGGUUUGAAUGGAGGGAAGAGGUUCAUACGGUGACGGUGGUGGCCCAAAACCGCUUGGGGUCUUCACGUCAAAACAUCAACAUGACCUUGGACCGACACGUCAAACGUCCGUGUUUGCGCUGGUUCAGGGCGUCACUGGUGAACAGCAGCUGUGUGGGGCUGUCGUGGGGCCUGUUGGCUAACACCUCCGCCCCCUGGUCCCUGGUGGUGGAGUGGUCCGCAGCCAGGACGGGGCCCCAACACGGCCACGGCCUGGCCUCCGAGACCCGUCUGAAGUGGGCCAGGGUGCCGUUCUCCGAGCGCGUCUUUUACCUGCACGGUGAAUUCUACGGCUGAGAGUACGAGUUCAUCUUGUACCCCAUAUUUGUGGACAGAGAGGGAGAGCCGAUGCAUACUAAAGCCACUAGAGGGCCCCCUGCUGACUACAUGCUCCUGAUUAUGAUCACCUUCCUUGCUAUCGUCCUCUUCGUCACUCUCUUCAUGUCCCAGAACCACAUGAAGAAGCUGCUGUGGAGGGAGGUUCCCAACCCCAACCACUGCUCCUGGGCCCAGGGGCAGGACUUCCGGAAGGCGGAGACCAUCGACCACCUGUUCAGACACCCAAAGGGCCUCCCCGCCUGGCCGCUCCUCCUCGUGUCAGAGACGAUCUCUGAGGUGGUCAUCAUGGAGAAGACCGUCUCUCCCACCCCGGCCCUCUCCCCAGCUCCAGGCCCGUCCCUGGGCAGGACCUCCCCAGAGGCCACCCGGCCCAGCCCCCUCCUCCAGCCCAGCGAGGGCUCUGGCUCCGGGCUCUCCAGGACGUCGGAGAGCUCGGCCCAGUCGUCCGUCACCUACGCCACCGUCCUCCUCUCCGACAAGCCACGCCUCCUCCACGCGCAGGACGGGGGGAGCAGCUCCAGCGACGAUGGCAACUUCUCCGCCAACAACUCGGACAUAUCCGGGUCCUUCCCUGGGGGGCUGUGGGACCUGGACACCCUGCGGGCAGGGGGGUCCGACCCCCGGCGCUCCUGCUCCUUCAACUCCGUGGAGGAGUUCUCCGAAGCAUCGGAGCAGGAGGACGAGGUGUUGGGGGGGGGGAAGCGCCUGUACUAUCUAGGGAUGGGCUGUCUGCAAAGGGAGGAAGGUGAGGAGGAGGAGGAGGAAGGGAGGGUGGAGGAAAGGAAGACGAUGCUUCUCCAAGAGGUGGCUGUGGAAAGGGAGGCGGCGCGGGUCGAGUCCAACUCUCUGCUCAGGCAGAGCGCCCCCAGGUUCGAGUCCAGCGAGGGGGGGUCAGGUGACAAGGCAGGAGGCGUUGCGCUCUACCUGCCUCAGUUUACAACUGCCCCCAGCAGGCUUCACACAGAGGAAACCCCAGACAGCGCCCCCCAGCUGUGAGAUGUGGGACUUGCUCCAGAUGCUGCGUCUCAGUUUGCCAGGCCAGAAUGGAAACAGAGAGUGAUGUCAUAGUCUCUUCAUGUCUGCACACAGACUCUCUCUGUCAACAACAUGGAUGAACUGUAUAUCCAUGGACUAUGGUGCCUAAAGAAUAAGUGCUUUCAGUCUAAAAUGUCAGCUGUUAUCUGUGUUCGGGGUCGGAAACGUUUCAUCAAGUGCUGCUCUACCUUCAGAAAACAGAGGAAGGGAGGGUCUUUCCUGGCAAGGUUUAGGUUCAAUUUCCACUGGCUGCUAUGGUCUCACCAGAUUGGACAAGCAUUACUGGGAUUUCACUUCAGAUGCAGGUGCGAUUGGCUCUCAAGCUCCAACUAUACUGUGUUAGAGUGGCUGGUCUGUUGUGGAAAUAUGGCCACUUCGGGAGUGUCGCUUUUGAGACUGUCGUCUCAAUGAAUGUCUCUCUUUGCUGUCGUAUACUGUAACUACUGUAUUUGAAUGUUUGUUACAAAGUGCUAUAAACAUGACAUCUAUUUUCACCUUGCGUAAUUUUGUAUUGAAAGCUGUUGAAAGUCGUUGCAGGUUAGGACAAAAGAAUGUACCCCAUUUGCAUCCAAUGAAAAAUAAUGUGGAAGAAAAUUUAAGUGCAGUGUAAUGUGCUUUCAGAUUAUUUUUGUGGUAAAAAUAAAAUAUUUAUUGC